GCUCUCUUCUCUGCAGCUGCAAGCUCCGUCUGCACCAAGCAUCACCGGCACUAGACUGCUGUCUGCACUGCACUGUUAUUAGUAGUAGCCAUCAACUAGCUAUAGCUUCGAUCUCCUGCACUGCACUUGUGUACUCGUGUAGCAACUGUGACCUGCAAUGGCGGCAGCUUCCUCGCGCAUCUCGUCUCUGGGGUUGCUGAUAGCCGCGCACUGCGCGCUCUUGCUCGCUUUGGCUGGAGCUGCUGCUCACGGUCGCGGUCACGCUCCCAGCGGCGGCGGCGUGGCGCUGAGCUCCGCGUUCUACGACGAGUCGUGCCCCAGCGCCCACGACGUCGCCCGGCGCGUCAUCCAGGACGCGCGCGUCUCCGACCCGCGCCUCCCGGCCAGCCUCGUCCGCCUCCACUUCCACGACUGCUUCGCCAACGGUUGCGAUGGCUCCCUUCUGCUGGACGACGAUAACCCGGCGAUCCAGUCCGAGAAACACGUGCCCGGCAACGACAAAUCCGCGCGUGGCUUCGAGGUUGUCGAUGACAUCAAGAGCGCGCUGGAGAAAGCGUGCCCUGGCAUCGUCUCCUGCGCCGACAUCCUCGCCCUGGCAGCCGAGAUCUCCGUCGAACUCGCUGGAGGGCCACGAUGGAAGGUGCUGCUCGGCCGGCGAGACGGCACGACGACUAACAUCGAGAGCGCCAGUAACCUACCGAGCCCUUUCGACACCCUGGACAAGCUCCAGGAGAAGUUCAGAAACUUCAACCUCGACGACACUGACCUCGUCGCCCUCCAAGGAGCGCACACAUUCGGUAAAGUCCAUUGCCAGUUCACGCAACAGAAUUGCACGGCCGGCCAGUCCCGUGGCCGCGGCGCACUGGAGAACCUGGAUCAGGUCACACCCAAGGUGUUUGACAACAAGUACUACAAUAACCUCUUAAAGGGCCGUGCUCAGCUCCGGUCCGACCAGGUUAUGCUAUCGGAACCUUCUGCUGCGGCGACUACUGCUCCCAUUGUUCAUCGGUUCGCAAGGAACCAACGGGAUUUUUUCAGAAACUUUGCGGCAUCCAUGAUUAAGAUGGGAAACAUUAGCCCGCUGACAGGAAAGGAUGGGGAGAUCAGGAACAACUGCCGGAGGGUCAACAAACGCUAGACUCUGAAUGCAUGCAUUGAUUCAAUUCGAUUGAUUCAGUUUUUCUCUUAACCAAAAUGUGAGGCUUUGUGUAAAUGAUUCUUCUGUUUCAUUUCACUAUCUUGUAACCGCAAGGUGUUUAUCUUACAUUUUUCUCCCUUCUGUAAAGCAAAUGUAAAAUCGUUUUCA